AUGAAGAAUUCCAAGGCUGCACCGAAGCUUGAAAGAAAGAUAGUGGAGAAGAAUAGAAGGGACUAUAUGAAGCUUCUCUUAUCCAACCUUGAUUCCCUCCUCCCUAAUUACUCACCAAACACCAAGAAAAUGAUAGCACUACCGGAGAGAUUAGAUGAAGCUGUGAAGUAUAUCAAAGAGCUUAAAAUGAAGGUGGAGAAGAUGGAGAAGAAAGAAUGUUUGAGUGGCUCUGAAGGAACAAGCCAACAAACGACAAGGGAACAUAACAAUUGACGUGGAGGUUCAAGACUUGGGCUCUGGAUUAUCUAUGCUACUUCUAAGUCUCCAGGGAGGCUUUUUGACUUUUUCCGAGGCUCUCCUGGUGCUCGAGGAAGAAGGGAUAGAGAUCGUAAAUGCAAGCUUUGUCUCCGGGCGCAAUGCCUUGCAUGAGUACCAUACAUUGUUCGGUAACCUAAUUAGUCAUUUUCAGUUUUUAAUUUUAUUCAUAUAUAUAUUAUAUUUAUAUGUGAUAUGUUUUU